AUGAACACUUGGUACGAAUCGGGCAAUAACGGGAACAUCAAAAUCAGUAACACGCCAAGAGCAGCGGGCUGCCGUCGGUCUUUUCUAAACAAGGACGACGCUAAGGCCGAAAAGAAUAAGAAGAAUGAUGCCGCCGAGGCUGAGGAAGAGAAAAAGACCGACGAGGCGAAGCUCAAGGACAAGGAAAGCCAAACUGAGUUGCUGCCUGCCCCGGAGACCGAGACGGCAGUUGAGAAGCCCGUUGAGAAGCCCGUUGAGAAGCCUGCUGAGACGGUCACCGACAAGGAUGCUGAGAAGGACGCUGAUAACGUUGAGACUGCCGAGGCCGACCUUCUGGCUUCGGCUGCAACCGUUCUUUGUGCUGCUGCCGCUGCUGCCGCUGUCACUGCGGUCGACCGUGAUGUCAUCUCUGCCUCGACUUCUGGCUCCAGGCCACCCACCACCCGCUCUUCCAUCAGGCUACUGACCUCCUUCGCCAGAUAG